CCAAAAAAACCCCCUCCGCGCGGCCCGUGCAAGAAUUUCUCCAGAAGCUCUUGCAAGUGUGUUUAAUUGCGUUCCCUCCACCAACUCCUUUUCGUGGCCUUUUCGCUCCCCUCAUCAACAAUCACACACCCACCGCACACAAUGGCUAUCCACUACUUGAUUCUCCUCUCCCGUCAGGGCAAAGUGCGCCUAGCGAAAUGGUUCACAACUCUUUCUCCCAAGGAGAAGGCUAAGAUUAUCAAAGAUGUGACCCAACUCGUCCUGUCCCGUCGGACAAGGAUGUGCAACUUCCUCGAGUAUAAGGACAGCAAGGUUGUUUACCGUCGUUAUGCCUCCCUCUUCUUCAUCGCCGGAUGCGCUUCGACCGACAACGAAUUGAUCACCCUUGAGGUCGUGCAUCGUUAUGUCGAGCAGAUGGACAAGUAUUACGGCAACGUCUGCGAGUUGGACAUCAUUUUCAACUUCCAAAAGGCAUACUUCAUCCUAGACGAGUUGCUGUUGGCAGGAGAGAUGCAGGAGAGCAGCAAGAAGAAUGUCCUCCGGUGCAUCAGUCAACAGGACAGUUUGGAAGACAUGGAGGUUGAGGAAGAUGUGGUUACGAAGAUUAUGUAGCGGCCUUACCAUUCGGCAACUGAGCGUUCCUGUGUUUCUAUAUUUGGAUUUCCGCUUUGGGGAAUAUUGGGAGGACAUAUUGGCGUUGGACGUACAUACUAGGCGUUGUUUUCUACACAGUUCACGACCACUAAUUAAUACCACAUGGCUAUGGAACUUGCCUCAA